AUGGCAAGUUGUGAAAUCAUCGACCAUUGGAUAGAUUGAACCUAUCAUUUACGCGGAAACAGUUGUAACGAUGAAGAUGGCGGGAAAAAUGUAAACAAAUAAAGGAAAUGCUGGCAGAAAAGGCACUAGAACUCCUUCGAGAAUUACAAAGGACUUUAGAUGGAUCUCUACCGCCAUAUAAUGAGGAUGCCAUCAGGCUGAUUCUUGAGGAAAUGAAGGCACUUUUUGAACAGAAUCAGAAAGAUGUGAGUGCUACUGUUGCUGGAGAAAAUGGUUUGUUUUCUGGUGUACAGUUGAGACAUUCUGCUUUAGAGCGCAACAAAAGGUGCCUUCUUGCUUACUUAUACAACAGAUUAGAGCACAUGAAAAAGAUGAGAUGGGAGUUUGGUAGUGUACUGCCUCCUGAGGUCAAAUUCAACAUGUGUGAGCCGGAGAUCCAAUGGUUUAGCAAGUACAAUAAGAUGCUUGCUAAUUACAUGAGGUCUAUAGGUGGAGAGGGUGGCUUAGAUCUCACACAGGACCUCAAACCUCCAAAGACUCUCUACAUAGAGGUACGAUGUUUAAUGGACCAUGGUGAAUUUGAAACACAAGAUGGAAACAUUCUUUUGUUGAAGAAAAACAGUCAGCAUUUCAUGUUGAGAUCGGAGUGCGAGCAUUUAAUUCGACAAGGAAUAUUGGAGCACAUUGUGCACUAGAUAAACUGAGCGACCACAGCCUGUAGACAUUUAAUCUCGCAGGGAAUACUGGAGCACAUUGUUCACUACAGAAACUGUCAGCGGGACCACAGCCUCUAAACGUGGAAAAUUAUAUUCGACAACAUCAGUUGAAAGAGUGACAAAAUCUUGAUGCACAGCAAAUUCAAAGUUGAAAUAUUUUAAUAUGUUCAAGUCCAGCAUUUCUGAACAGCACAGCAUGUGCCUUGACAAGAUAAUGAACUAGUUUAUUAAAUGUGAUAUAAAGUUUGAAAUUAUAUACGAGUACCAUGUGGUUCUGUCAAAGACUACUUACUUAAUUUGUAGUGUCUGAAUAAGAAAUGGAUGCCUGCUGGACCCCGUGUAUGUCAAUAUUAUGCACUAUCAACAAUCUGUGAUAUUAUACAUGUAUAUGCUGGGUACUGGAACAGAAUAUUUUUAAAACAGAUGUAAUUUAUUUGUUUUUAAUGUAUCUACAUAUAAAUUAAAUUAACAUUAAUAACCCUGUCACA